CCGAGAGAGACGGCGGCGGGAACUCAGAAUGUUUCACUUAAGGACUUGUGCUACGAAGCUGAGGCCCUUGACAGCCUCCCAGACUGUUAAGACAUUGUCCCAGAACAGACCGUCAGCGGCCAGGACGUUGUGGCAGGCCCGCUGCUUCUCAGCCCCCGUGGCUGCAGAGCCAUUUCUCAGUGGGACUAGCUCCAACUAUGUGGAGGAAAUGUACUAUGCCUGGUUGGAAAACCCCAAGAGUGUACACAAGUCAUGGGAUAUUUUCUUCCGGAACACCAAUGCUGGAGCGCCCCCGGGCACCGCCUACCAGAGCCCGCUCCCCUUGAGCCCGGCCUCCCUGUCCACCAUGGCCAGAGCGCAGCCCCUGGUGGGGGCACAGCCCAGCGUGGACAAGCUGGUGGAGGACCACCUGGCCGUGCAGUCCCUCAUCAGGGCUUAUCAGAUACGAGGGCACCAUGUAGCACAGCUGGACCCCCUGGGAAUUUUGGAUGCCGAUCUGGACUCCUCCGUGCCCGCUGACAUUAUCUCCUCCACAGACAAACUUGAUCUUGCAGUUUUCAAGGAGCGACUUCGAAUGCUCACAGUAGGAGGGUUCUACGGCCUGGACGAGUCAGACCUGGACAAGGUCUUCCAUCUGCCGACCACCACGUUCAUCGGCGGGCAGGAGUCGGCCCUCCCCCUGCGAGAGAUCAUCCGGCGGCUGGAGAUGGCCUACUGCCAGCACAUCGGGGUGGAGUUCAUGUUCAUCAACGACCUGGAGCAGUGCCAGUGGAUCCGGCAGAAGUUCGAGACCCCCGGGAUCAUGCAGUUCACCAACGAGGAGAAGCGGACGCUGCUGGCCAGGCUUGUGCGGUCCACCCGGUUUGAGGAGUUCCUGCAGCGUAAGUGGUCCUCGGAGAAGCGCUUCGGCCUGGAGGGCUGCGAGGUGCUGAUCCCGGCCCUGAAGACCAUCAUCGACAAGUCGAGCGAGAAUGGCGUGGACUACGUGAUCAUGGGGAUGCCGCACAGGGGGAGGCUGAACGUGCUCGCGAACGUGAUCAGAAAGGAGCUGGAGCAGAUUUUCUGUCAGUUUGAUUCGAAGCUGGAGGCUGCUGAUGAGGGCUCUGGGGACGUCAAGUACCACCUGGGCAUGUACCACCGGCGCAUCAACCGCGUGACCGACAGGAACAUCACGCUGUCCCUGGUGGCGAACCCGUCCCACCUGGAGGCUGCCGACCCCGUGGUGAUGGGCAAGACCAAAGCCGAGCAGUUCUACUGCGGCGACACUGAGGGCAAGAAGGUCAUGUCCAUCCUUCUCCAUGGCGACGCCGCAUUUGCUGGCCAAGGCAUCGUGUACGAGACCUUCCAUCUGAGCGACCUGCCGUCCUACACAACACACGGCACCGUCCACGUGGUCGUCAACAACCAGAUCGGCUUCACCACGGACCCGCGCAUGGCCCGCUCCUCACCCUACCCCACCGAUGUGGCCCGAGUCGUGAACGCCCCCAUCUUCCACGUGAACUCAGAUGACCCCGAAGCCGUCAUGUAUGUGUGCAAGGUGGCUGCCGAGUGGAGAAACACCUUCCACAAGGACGUGGUGGUGGACCUGGUCUGUUACCGGCGGAACGGCCACAACGAGAUGGAUGAGCCCAUGUUCACGCAGCCACUCAUGUACAAGCAGAUCCGCAAGCAGAAGCCGGUGCUGCAGAAGUACGCGGAGCUGCUGGUGUCCCAGGGCGUCGUCAACCAGCCCGAGUACGAGGAGGAGAUCUCCAAGUACGACAAGAUCUGCGAGGAGGCCUUCAGCAGGUCCAAGGACGAGAAGAUCCUGCACAUCAAGCACUGGCUGGACUCGCCCUGGCCCGGCUUUUUCACCCUGGAUGGGCAGCCCCGGAGCAUGUCCUGCCCGUCCACGGGCCUGGACGAGGAGAUCCUGACCCACAUCGGGAAAGUGGCCAGCUCUGUGCCCGUGGAGGACUUCACCAUCCACGGAGGCUUGAGCCGCAUCCUGAAGACGCGCGGAGAGAUGGUGAAGAACAGGACUGUGGACUGGGCCCUGGCGGAGUACAUGGCCUUCGGCUCCCUCCUGAAGGAGGGCAUCCACAUCCGCCUCAGCGGUCAGGACGUGGAGCGUGGCACUUUCAGCCACCGGCACCACGUGCUGCAUGACCAGAACGUGGACAAGAGGACCUGCAUCCCCAUGAACCACCUGUGGCCCGGCCAGGCACCCUACACCGUGUGCAACAGCUCCCUGUCGGAGUACGGGGUCCUAGGCUUCGAGCUGGGCUUCGCCAUGGCCAGCCCCAACGCCCUGGUGCUCUGGGAGGCCCAGUUCGGGGACUUCCACAACACGGCCCAGUGUAUCAUCGACCAGUUCAUCUGCCCGGGCCAGGCCAAGUGGGUGCGGCAGAACGGCAUCGUGCUGCUGUUGCCCCACGGCAUGGAGGGCAUGGGCCCAGAACAUUCCUCCGCCAGGCCCGAGCGCUUCCUCCAGAUGUGCAAUGAUGACCCAGAUGUGCUGCCAGACCUCACGGAAGCCAACUUCGACAUCAACCAGCUGUAUGACUGCAACUGGGUGGUUGUCAACUGCUCCAGCCCCGGCAACUUCUUCCACGUGCUGCGGCGCCAGAUCCUCCUGCCCUUCCGGAAGCCGUUGAUCAUCUUCACCCCCAAGUCUCUGCUGCGUCACCCCGAGGCCAGGACCAGCUUCGAUGAGAUGCUGCCAGGAACCCACUUCCAGCGGGUGAUCCCAGAAGAUGGUCCUGCAGCCCAGAACCCAGAAAACGUCAAUAGGCUUCUCUUCUGCACCGGCAAAGUGUACUAUGACCUCACGCGUGAGCGCAAAGCGCGUGGCAUGGAAGAGCAGGUGGCCAUCACACGCCUCGAGCAGCUCUCCCCGUUCCCAUUCGACCUGCUCCUGCGGGAAGUGCAGAAGUACCCCAACGCCGAUCUGGUGUGGUGCCAGGAGGAACACAAGAACCAGGGCUACUACGACUACGUGAAGCCGAGACUGCGGACCACCAUCAACCGCGCCAAGCCUGUGUGGUACGCAGGCCGGGACCCCGCAGCGGCCCCCGCCACCGGCAACAAGAAGACCCACCUCACGGAGCUGCAGCGCCUCCUGGACACGGCCUACGACCUGGACGCCUUCAAGAGCUUCUCGUAGCUGCCUCGCCCCCGCCACGCCGUGCCCCUCCCGCCCCCCGCUUCCCCACUAAAGAGUUGUGCCUCCGCGCACCCCCCGCCGCUUCCUCCCGCACGCUCAGGUCAGGCUGCUCCCGCCCCUGUGCUCAGCUGCCCCCAGCCCAGACACUCCCCGGCUCUGUGGCGUCUGUCGCCCAGCGGUGGGGGGGCUGGAGGCAGGCCGUGUCCAGGGGAUGUCCGCUCUGGCUCACUGCCUGGAACACAGGCUGGGCGUCCUCAGGGCCUGCAUGUGACCAGGAAGCCCUGCCACCCCCCCGGCCCCUGGACUCCUCAGGGGCCAUCCAUGGGUCUGUGGGCUGGACAGCUCAGGACCACACUGCCCGAGAACACGGGCUGGGCUCCUGGAGAGAGCCUGGGCCUGGCAUGGAGAGGGUAGGUCCACUCUGCGGUGGCCACUCCCCCCCCCACCCCCAGAGCUCUCAGCCACAUGGGCCCCUCCCCUGCCCCCCGCACGCUCCACCUGCUACGGGCCCCCGCUGGUCCUCAGCGUCUGCUCCUCCCGCAUGACCGGGCACGUUUCCUGCUGUGCCCCAUCUGGGCAGGUGCCCGGCGCAGCUCAAGGCCAGAGACUGCUCCCACACUGGUCACAGGACAGAUCUGAAUUAUUUAUUUUGGUUAAAAAAAAAAGAACAAAACUUUGCAUCGCACUUGGCUUGACCCAUAAACUUAAGUUAUCCGCA